UCUAGUCGAUUGAUACGAUUAAAUCACAAAAUGGAGUUAUUUCUUGAGGAUCUAAAGCUUCAAGUCCAGUGUUCUCUGUGUAAUGAGACAAUGGUUGAACCCAAGUUAUUACAAUGCUUUCAUACAUUCUGUAAGACUUGUAUCAAGACGAAUGCACAACUUGAUGGUCAAGUCAACAUCUUCAAGUGUCCUCAGUGUGACUCAUCAACCGAGCUCAAAGAACUCAACGACGUGGAAGACUUAGAGAUAAGUCCCAUACACUUAAGAAUCGUACAAGUCUUGUCAUUUGUUGAAAACCAGAAGGUUUGCUCAGUUUCUGCCAGCCAUAGUGAUGCAUUGUGGCAAUGUCUCGACUGUGAUCGCUCGCUGUGUGACGAAUGUCGGCGAUAUCAUACUGAAUUCACUAAAGAUCACAAAGUUGUUUCAUUGUCUGAGAUGACGAAGGAAGACAUUGAAGUUAUGCUGAAUAAGGAAAGUCCUUGCAAAACACACGCAGAUCAAGAUGUUAAAUUGUUUUGUCAAGACUGCGACGAGCUGAUAUGUCUCCUUUGCUUUUUUAAUCACCAUCAUAACCACAAGAUGACACCAUUAAAGGAGUUCAUCACUGCCAAUAAAGACCUUCUCUCUAAAAACCUUCAAGAAAUCGAAAAAAUGGAUACUGACCAGAAAGAAAAGGAACAGCAAGAACAAAUUGCACUCGAAAUCAAACGCCAUGGAGACAAAGCUGAAAAACAAGUUAAGAAACUAACCAAAAAACUUGUUGAAAGAUUGAAUGAUAACGAGAAUAAACUUUUGAAUAAAAUACGGAAGAGCAAAACAAAGGCAGACAGAAAUUUACGCAUAAUACGUCACACUCCGGCAGCACAAGAGUACAUCAAAUACUUUAUACAAAAUGGAACAGCAAGUGAAAUCAUUGACCUCCGGUCAGACGCUGAAUGUUUGAAAACGUUCACCUACGACGCAUUUGAAAAAGACUUUGGCGGGAUUAAAUUUCAACCUAAUGAACAACUUUGUGAACAAGUGGAUACUGGUGUAGGACGUAUGCGAUCAUUCAAAAGAGCGGAUCCAAAUAAAUCUUCAAUAACCGUCGAGGAACAAAAAUUUGAAGCCAUGAAAAAAGUAACAUUGAAAGUGACAUUUCAAACUUAUAAAGGUGAACUUUGUGACCCCCCACUUGAUGAUGUAACAAUACAUAUCACCCCUGAAGACAACGUCAAAGAACGAGAAAAGCAAGUGAUAGGUGACGGCCAGAUCAAAGUGACUUUUGCUCCUCUUGUUCCUGGUCGGUUGACAGCAGAGUUUCAAGUACAUGGAAAUCCUAUAUCCAACAGUCCACUAGUGAUGGAUGUCAAACCACAACACAUCAAAAAAGUGAUUGAAUUUUCAAAUCUGAAAAAUGCCUUGAAUACAGGAUCAAAGGAAUUUACAGGUAUUGCAGUAAAUAUACCCAACACUAAAAUUGCUGUAGCAGACUGUGAGGAACACUGUGUCAGAGUUUUCAACAUGGAUGGGGAUUUGCUACUGUCAUAUGGUAGUGAAGGCAGUGGACUAGAGCAGUUAAAGAAUCCGCAAGGUUUAGCAUUCCUUGACGAAACAGAUUUAGUCAUAGCUGAUUAUAAUAAUAAUAGAAUAUGUAUAGUGGACACAACGUCUGGUAGGCUUGUUAGAACCUUUGGUUGUCAAGGCAACAUGGAUGGGCAGUUCAAAGAACCAGUGGGAGUACAUGUUGAUGAUGAUUCUAACAUCAUUGUGUGUGAUCAUGACAAUCAUCGCGUCCAAGUGUUCACAAAGAAUGGUUGCUAUCUAUAUCAGUUUACAAUACCAGGAGAAGACAAACCAUAUGAUGUAGUUAAACACAAUGGACUGUUCUACGUCAGUGCUGGAUCAGUGGUACAUGUGAUUGAGGUGAAUGACAACCAGUCACAAACUACAGUGAACACUAUUGGUGGGGAGGACUACACAAAUGGUCAGCUACAUUCCCCUACUGGUCUAGCUAUUGACAAUGACAACAACCUUCUGGUGGGUGAUUGUGAAUCAAAUCAAGUCUACAAGUUUACAUUGGAUGGUAGUUAUGUUGGAAAGACAAAGUUCAAUUAUUCCCCUUGCUUCAUACAUGUAGCAGUUCUGAAUGAUGGACAGAUUAUUUGUGACACAUAUGGUCGAGAGGGUGUACAUUUUCUUAGCUUUGAACAUGUUGUUUAGUUGUUAAUAAUCGUGUGUCAAUUUUUCAGAAUGUAGCUAAAUACAUUUGACAUUGCUUCAAUUUUUCUCCAUUAUCAUAUAACUUUUUUUGCUAGCUGGUUGAUGGUUGUCAAUGUUCAUAAUUGUCGCGUCGCCGGUAAGUCGCAGGUACUAGGGGACGCUAAGUGCCAACCAGAAUCGUAGGCGUUGUACCAUUGAAUGGGUUUUAUUCAGAACUCCGCUCCACUCUGACCUCUCUCACAAACAAUGAAACAAUUCGUACAAUUCGGUGAAAACUAUAAGAAAACUAACGAUUAACAAUUGAACUUUACUUGAGUAGAAUAAAGGACGUAACUUACG